AUUGUUAUCACUGUUUGCUGUAGAGAAGAUACAUAAAUUGGAGAGUGAUCACAGAACUUUCGUCCUUGCAGUUUGACCUGUUGGAUGUAGGAUGCCAGCUUCAUCAUGAGUGACGGGACUAUAAAGCAAGUUAAAGUUGACAACUGGGGAAUAUUCUUCCUCCAGAGACUUCAGCAGCUAUUUACAAGGAGUGAACAUUGUGAUCUCAUUUUGCACUUCAGUUCAAAUGAAAGAAUAAAGGUUCACAAAUUGGUCCUCAAUGCAUGUACAGAAUACUUCCAGAUGCUGGAGAAGCAAGGCUUUGUUACUGGAGACUGCCUGCAAAUGCCACAUGAUCUGCAAGCAGAUGUGGUAUUACCAAUAAUCAAUUUCAUGUACACUGGGAGACUGGAGUUCCGCACAGAACUGCACAGGCGUCUGUACACAACAGCCCAGCAAAUGAAUAUGACUGUGUUGACCAAACUUCUGGAUGCACAGAAUUCAGCCUCAUCUCCACAAAUUAAGCCUAUUAUAAAGAGGCCACCUCAAGUUCCCAUCACUUACAAUUUGCAAGGAAAGAAGAUCGCACCAAAACAGAUUGAUCCAGACCUUCCAGAAAUGUUACCUGGCCGCAAGUUACCCAUAUGGAAGAGACGUAACGUUCCAUCAAAUGUUUCAACCUUUUUUGAAGAUUCUUCUUCUGCUAGUGACUAUGAGAGUCCUAGCAGGAUUUCAGCACCAGUGGUAGUAGAUGAAUCACCACGUCCAACUCGCUUUGACUGGCCAGAAGAGAAUGUGGACUCGUCAUAUAGCAGCUCGUUUGAUGAUCUGUCAUAUGAGACAAAGCCACUUUUGAAACCUUCCGUACAUGCAGUCAACAGGCCUCCUGUUCCUAAAGUAGACACUACCCAGAGAAUUGCUACAUUCGAAGAAGUGUGCCGCACAGCUACCAACAUGAAGCGAAUGCCUAGUAGUCCAACUGAUCAUGAUGAAGCAGCAGCCAAGAAAGCAAAAAUAUUGGAUCUUCAGGCAGUGAUAGAAUAUGUUCAAGAACACAGACUACGGAAGGAUUUACUGGAUACAACAGAUGAGAAUGGUGAGGAGGUUGAAGAUGAUCUAGCAGUAGCUGACCUUGAUGAUGAUGACGACAUGGAGGAUGAGGAUGAAGCAUCAUUUGAAGGGAUAUCCAAGCAACAAACCCCCUUGCAACAAGAACAGCCACUACUGCAGACACAACCACAACUGCAGUCAACAUCAGCUCCUUUACCCCCACGUACAUCUCUCGUACUAUCACCCCCACCGUCCCAACCAAUACGACAGCUCAUCUUGCCACCACAGAAAUCGAUCUUGAAAUCACAGGGCUCCUGUGAAGAGUCAGUUCCUUCCACGCCUGUUUCUGUAGCUUCAAAGAAGGUUCGGUUUCUGCUGGAUGCUAAAUUGCCUGAAGGAAAAGAGAAUGAAGCUGCUGCAGCCAGUGCAACUAAAAUACGUCGUUCAGAUGAUGGACAACGACCCUUACCUACUCGUGCAGAUAAUAUAACUAUUGGAGAGACAGUUUCCAAUGCAGGAAACUUGACCAACCAUGCAAAAAUAAUUACCGAAGUGCUGAAGAAGUACCCUCACCUGGUGAAGAAUAACAAAAAUAUCCGGCUGAAAAUCAUGCAGCGUGGUGGGGCCCAAGUCACCCCAGUGGUACCCAUGGAUGGAGAUGCAAGCAAG